AUGCCAGGCCUGACUCUCCCGGGCCUCAUGGCUCUCUCGGGCCUCGGAGCAGGCACCCCCAGCUGCUUAUCCCAGCAGCUCAGGAUGCAAGGGGACUACGUGCUGGGCGGGCUCUUCCCCCUGGGCGCAGCCGAGGAUGCAGGUCUCGGCGACAGGACUCAACCCAGUGCCACCGUGUGCACCAGGUUCUCGUCCCUUGGCCUGCUCUGGGCGCUGGCCAUGAAGAUGGCUGUGCAGGAGAUCAACAACGGGUCUGCCCUGCUGCCGGGGCUGCACCUGGGCUACGACCCCUUUGGCACGUGUUCAGAGCCCGUGGUGGCCAUGAAGCCCAGCCUCAUGUUCAUGGCCAGAGCGGGCAGCUGCGACGUUGCCGCCCACUGCAAUUACACGCAGUACCAGGCCCGUGUGCUGGCUGUCACCGGACCCCACUCAUCCGAGCUCGCCCUCGUGCCCGGCGUGUUCUUCAGCUUCUUCCUCAUGCCGCAGGUCAGCUACGGUGCCAGCAUUGACCGGCUGAGCACCCGGGAGAUCUUCCCGUCCUUCUUCCGCACGGUGCCCAGCGACCGCGUGCAGGCGGUGGUGACGGUGGAGCUGCUGUAGGAGCUUGGCUGGAACUGGGUGGCCGCCGGCAGUGAUGAGUACGCGCAGGGCCUGAGCCUCUUCUCCAGCCUGGCCAACGCCAGGGGCAUCUGCAUUGCGCACGAGAGCCUGGUGCCGCUGCCGCACGCGGGCAGCCUGCGGCUGGGCACCGUCCAGGACCUGCUGCACCAGGUGAACCAGAGCAGUGUGCAGGUGGUGGUGCUGUUCUCCUCCGCCCAUGCCGCCCGCACCCUCUUCAGCUACAGCAUUCACUGCAGGCUCUCGCCCAAGGUGUGGGUGGCCAGUGAGGCCUGGCUGACCUCGGACCUGGUCAUGACACUGCCCGGCAUGGCUGAGGUGGGCACCGUGCUCGGCUUCCUACAGCAGGGCGCCCCGAUGCCCGCGUUCCCAUCCUACGUGUGGACCUGCCUGGCCCUGGCUGCCGACCCCGCCUUCUGCGCCUCCCUGGACGCUGAACAGCCUGGAGAGCACGUGGUGGGGCCACGCUGCCCCCAGUGUGACCACAUCACGCUGGAGAACAUAUCUGCAGGGCUGCUGCACCCCCAGACCUUCGCUGCCUACGCGGCCGUGUACGCCGUGGCCCAGGCCCUCCACAACACGCUGCUCUGUGCAGCCCUGGCAGCGCCCCCACUGGCUCCAACCCACCCCCAGCUCCUGGAGAACGUGUACAACACGAGCUUCCGCGCUCGCGGCCCGGAGCUGCGGUUCGAUACCAGCGGGAACGUGAACAUGGACUAUGACCUGAAACUGUGGGUGUGGCAGGACCCGACGCCCAAGCUGCACACUGUGGGAGCCUUCGAUGGCCGCCUAGAGCUCUGGCAGUCCCAGCUGCCCUGGGACACGCCUGGGGACCAGGCACCCGUAUCCCAGUGCUCCCAGCAGUGCUGAGUGAAGGGCUUCCGCUCCUGCUGUUACAACCGCGUGGACUGCAAGGCCGGCAGCUACCAGCGCAGCCCAGAUGACCUCCUCUGCACCCAGCGUGACCAGGACCAGUGGUCCCCAGACCAGAGCACACGCUGCUUCCCCCGCAGGCCCACGAUCCUGGCGUGGGGGGAGCCAGCCAUGCUGGUACUGCUUAUACUGCUGGGCCUGGCGCUGGGCCUGGCGCGGGCGGCCCUGGGGCUCUUCAUCUGGUCCUGGGACAGCCCGCUGGUUCAGGCCUCAGGCGGGCCACGGGCCUGCUUUGGCCUGGCCUGCCUGGGCCUCGUCUGCCUCAGCGUCCUCCUGUUCCCCGGCCAGCCAGGCCCGGCCAGCUGCCUGUCCCAGCAGCCCCUGCUCCACCUUCCCCUCGCCGGCUGCCUGAGCACACUCUUCCUGCAGGCGGCCCAGAUAUUUGUGGGUUCGGAGCUGCCACCCAGCUGGGCAGAGCAGCUGCGUGGCUGCCUGCAGGGGCCCCGGGCCUGGCUGGUGGUGCUGCUCGCUCUGCUGGCGGAAGCGGCACUGUGUACCUGGUACCUGGCGGUCUUCCCACCGGAGGUGGUGACGGACUGGUGGGUGCUGCCCACAAGCGCUGGUGCAUGCCGCGUGCGCUCCUGGAUCAGCUUCGGCCUGGGGCAUGCCAAUGCCACGCUGGCCCUCCUCUGCUUCCUGGGCACUUUCUUGGUGCAGAGCCGGCCAGACCACUACAACGGCGCCCGCGGCCUCACUUUUGCCAUGCUGGCCUACUUCGUCACCUGGAUCUCCUUUGUGCCCCUUGCCAAUGUGCACGUGCAGAUGGGCGCCAUCCUCCUCUGCGCCCUGGGCAUCCUGGCCACCUUCCACCUGCCCAAGUGCUACCUGCUGUUGCGGGGGCUGGAGCUCAACACCCCUGAGUUCUUCCUGGGAGAUAAUGCUAGAGGGCAGGGCAGCAGUGUACAGGGGGAAAGGAGACUCGGGGCAAAAACAAGUGACCCCUGACCCAGUGACCUCACCCAGUGAACCCAGACUUAGUUGAGAUUCCCCCAAACCAAGUUCCUAUGAAGCAACCCCCAGACUGUACCCCAGCUGCUGAGACCACCCCAGCUCUAGAUCCUGACUGCAGGCUGACUGCUGACCUUGACACCACAGUGAUCCUUGGGCCUGCAGCAUUCACGAAGGGCCUCAUACCCACCUGGGGCCUGAGAGCAGCUCUGUAUCUGUCCUAGCCAAGCCUUGGCCAGGGCCAACCCAGGUGAUCCAGCCCCACUGUUCCAGAAAGAGGCCCAUAAAAAGGUUCCUUGGGGCUCCCGUAGCUCAUGCCGAGAGCUCAGGAAAGCCCCCAGUCCGAUCACUUGAAGUCCAAGCUGGGCAUUACUUGCCUGGCCAGGCCCAGCCUGGAGCCUCCAGCCAGCACCCCAUCCAAGCAUCACAGGGAAGGGAGGUUGGUGGGUGAUGGGAGCUGUUCUGACCCCUUUGCAGGGACAUGUGACUGAUCGUGGGCCCCAGAGUGGGACGGGAAUGAUGAACAGAGCAGAGGCCUACUUGCGGGGGCAGGGGAUGGGGCGCACACCCAAGCUCCUCCUCUCUCCGUGGCCCAGCCCGAGCGGGUAAAAUGGGGUCAGAUGGCCACCAGCACCGAGGACAGAGUCCUGGGGGUCAGCACCAAGGCCAGCAUCCACAGCCAAGACCCCUGGAGCCAGGAGCUAGCACCACGGACAGAGGACCAGCUGCCAAGGACCCUGCCAGCAGCCAGCACGGGGACAGAGCCUGGCGCUGACCAGGGACCCAGAGAACAGCCGCACCCCAGCCUUCUAAGGUACCCAGCAAAAGAGAAGAGACACAGGCCACACAUCAGUCCCAUAA